ACCUCGCGCGCCUCAGCCCUCACUCACGCCGGGGAAGACGCUUGGUCCCUUUUCACACAUGUCGUUUUCCUCCCGUGGGUUUAACAGAAUGAGAACUUGAAUUGUUUAGUGCAAAACUCAAGUUGUCAACUAUGGAUCUCAGUGUCAGUAGACGAGGAGAUGAGGAGGAGGAGGAAGGAAGUCAGCCCAGUGCUGUGAACAACGGGUCUUUAACCUCCGAUGAGGCUGUGGAGGAGGAGGAGAGCACGGAGGCUGCACAGCCCACCCCAGCUGAAGAAGCUUCGGGUGAAAACAGCAACUCAAAUGCUGUCAUGGAUCUCUCUGGAAAUAUUCCAGCUUCCAACAAGAGACUCAGGGAGGGUGAGGAAGAUUCUGAAGUGUCAGGUGAAUGUGAGGCUCCGCCCACAUCCCGGCCAAGGCUCACAGAGACUUCAGAAACAAACAACACUGCCAACCACAUCAACGACAACCACCAACCAGCGAUAGACCUUACCGAUGAUGCCCCAAAGGUGAACGGAAUCAGUAACGGCUAUGAGAGUGACAGCAAUGGUGUUAAUGAAGAUGACGAGAUGCCCCCUGUGCCGCCCAUCAAGGAGCUGAGCCCAGAGGAGCUGGCAGAAAAGAUGAAGCUGGUGCGUCGACUGCAGGUAGAGCUUCGCAAUGAGGAGAUGAAGCUGGUACUCCUCAAGAAGGUCAGGCAGUCCCAGAUUAUGAAGGAGAACGUGAGUGCUACAGCCAAUGAUGCCAAGGCAGCUCUGACGAAGCUGCCUUCUAACACCACGGCCACAAAGCUACCCCCUACACAGCCACCGCCCCUCAUUAAACAUGAACUGGGACCCAAGGCCUCAUCUUCAGCCAUACCUGCCCACAUCAAGGUGUCUCGCGACUACAAGCAGCAAGUAAAGAAUCUGGCUUCACAGGCUUCUGCUGAGUCAUUGUCACCGACUGCUCUCCAGGCCCAGAAACAUCUCUUGGCCAGAGGCACUACCCUGACAAGCACUGCCGGCAGCAACGGCUCCAGUAGUAACAAGUCAGGCAGCGGAGGCAACAGCGGCAGCUCGAGCAACCUGAUUUCGGGUCUGCCGGCCAAUCUCAACCUGCCGUUCAACCUGUCGCGCGAGGUGGAGAUCAUCCGCAAGGACUCGCCAGCUUCUUCAUCGUCCCCUGGGCCUGGCCCUCGGGACUCCCCUUCACAGGUGUCCAUCUCCAAGGUGCGGACGUCCACCCCUCACAUCUCACACCCAUCAGCCGACCGUGUUCUCAUAAAGGUUCGCACGUCACCCCUCAUGCAGCCGCUGAGCCAG